AUGACCGUCGAAUACAUCACUCUUCAACCCUCUGGUGACAAGAUGCCCCUUAUUGGCUUCGGCUGCUGGAAGGUUACUCCCGAUGUUGCCCCAGAGACUAUCUACAAUGCCAUUCGUUGCGGUUAUCGAUUGAUCGAUAGCGCCAGCAAUUACAAGAACGAACAAGCCAUUGGCAAGGGUAUCAAGAUGGCUAUCGAUGAAGGCAUUGUGAAGCGUGAAGACCUCUUUAUCACCACCAAGCUUUGGUCCACUUAUCACAAGAAGGAGCAUGUUCGCAAGGCAUGUGAAAAGCAAUUGGCAGAUCUUGGUCUUGAUUACGUUGACAUGUUCCUCGUACAUUUCCCUCUUCCUCUCAAGUAUGUGCCUAUCGAAGAAAAGUAUCCCCCUGGCUGGUAUCAACCUGGUGAAGAGACCAUCACCUUGGAUCGUGCACCAAUGCACGAGUGCUGGGGUGAAAUGGAAAAACUCGUUGAAGCAGGCCUUGUUCGCAACAUUGGUGUCUCCAAUUUCAACGUCCAAUUGUUGAUGGAUAUGCUUACUUAUGCCAACAUUAAGCCUUCUCUUCUUCAAGUUGAAUUGCAUCCUUAUCUUCAACAAGAGCACCUCGUCAAGUGGGUACAAGCUCAAGGCAUCGCUGUUACUGCAUACUCUUCCUUUGGUCCCACCUCAUUUGUUUCCACUGGUUCCAGACGUGCCAAGUCGGUUGAACCUCUCUUUGAGAACCCUGUCAUCAAGGACAUUGCCGCCAAGUACAACCGUAAUCCUUCCGAAGUUGCUUUGCGAUGGUCUCUUGAACGCAACGUUGCUGUUGUCCCCAAGUCUCUUAAUGUCGACCGCAUGAAGAUGAACCUUGAAGCCCUUAACUGGUCCAUGGAUGAGGAAGAUGUUCAAGCUAUCAACCAACUCGAUAUGGGUCUUCGAUUUAACGACCCUAUGGUCAACGCACAAAAGCUUCCCAUCUUCUACUAA